UAAUCGCGCGCUUCAUGGGUACUGAACAUGUGUAUUACCAAAAAAUGUACUGUUCAUGAAAUGAAAUAAUCUUUUUAUGAAUUAAUUGAGAAAUUAGUUAGAUUCAUAAUGCUACUGAAGAAAUAUAUAGACUAAUAGCUAAUGUGCAAAUGAAUAUAUGGAUUGGAAUUAAUGUGCAGAAUAUUAUAAACAGUUAGACAAUAUAAUAAGGAUACAUCUGGAUAAAUCGUCUGCUCAUAGAAAAUCAUACAGGUACAUAGAAGUGUAAGCAAUGGAUACGUUGAGGAAAGCAUUUUUGUUUUGGGGCUUACUAGCUCUAACAAUAGUGGAUGCUGGACCCUUUUCCUGGAUGAAAAAAGAUAAAUUUGAUGAAAUAAUGGACAGAAUGACUGCAGUAACAGCAGAAAACUGCCACUCAAAACCACGGUCAGAGCUAGAGUUACCAAAGGAGUCAGUGUCACAUGUACCCGUAUAUAACAAACUGCUCAGUAAUGUGUAUUUUGCCAAUAGAUCUAUGCUUCUACACAUGCAUAAUCUGGCUUUACAUCGAGACUUCUAUUACAGUUUUAUUUAUCAAAGAAUGAACACAUCAAAGGACUUUGAACAUCAACCAGGUUUGAUGUACCUGUAUAUGUCGGCUGCUGCCGAUGUAUCUGCAUCUCCGGGUUGGGUCAACGGCUCAUCAUUACUUUUUGACAAUAAUUGUACUUACCCAAAUUGGUAUACAACAGUUGAUUUUAACAGUACUCUCUCUUUAUUUGGUCCAAGAGCAUGGAGAGCUGAUGACUAUAAUGAACCAACAGAUUGGUUACGUGAACCCACAAAUAGAACAAUUAAUGUUGAAGACUACGCAACAGGUAGAGAUCCAAACUACACAGCUGAAUCAUACAAAUACGCACCUUAUACUCGAUAUGAGUACGACCCAACAGAUGCGCGACAGGGAAAGCCACUUUUCUGGUGGCCAGAUAAUCUUGGCUACAAAGACUCUUUACGUAAAUUCACAUACUCGGUUGGAAUAAAAUUUUCCAAUCAGACUGGCAAGUUUACAAAAGAUGACUUUGAAGGAAUUCCAUUUUAUGGGCCGCCACAACCUGGUCAGUUUGAUACUGAUAUUACAUUACCUGUGCUAUUCACAAAGCCAUACUUUGAUUGUGGACGAUCAAAUCGCUGGAUUACUACCAUGUCUGCUCCUGUGGUUGACUACAUGCCGAGAUACUCACCAUGGCUCCAUCUUAGGAGACCUAGGUUUGUAGCUGUGGUAGGAAUAGAUGGAGAGUUUGAGCGUAUUGAUAUCAAUCAGUGUCCUUUCUCGGAAGGAAAUGAUCCUCCAAACAUGUUUGCUGGAACACAUAGAUGCAGGGAAACUACAAUGUGUGAGCCUAUCAGUGGUUUUGGGUUCCGUCGUGGUGGUUACCAGUGUGUGUGUUUACCAGGUUACUAUUACCCUUCGUCUCAUGAUGGUCCGUUCCAGGGAUGGGAGAUUGAGCGAGCUACACUGGAUGAAUAUGAACGUGGAUUUGACUGUCUCAAAGCUGAAGGGAUGCAAGUUGUACCAAAUAAGAUGCCAGAGUUUGUACGUAAAAAGAAAAGAUCAACAUUGUAUACAGCAACUAAGAAAGAUGAGUUUUUGCUACUUACCAGUCCAAUGUUAGAGCAGUCUGCUUCUCCUAAACUUAGACUGGUUGCCAACAGAAAGCGUCGCAGUGCCAAUGGUAAUAAAGAAUAUGUGACAGCAACUUAUACAAAGCAGUUUGUAAGACGAUAUGAUGGCGAGACAAAGAAAUUUCGUAAGAAGAGAGAAGCCUUUGAGUACGAGUCAUGGGAAAAAAUGUCUAACAUUCGACAGAGGUUCUUAAAUGUGACUAAAGAAAGCUGCAGGUCAAAGGAAUUUUUUGAACUUUAUUUACCUGGUGAUGCUGGAUAUGGUGUGGAGAGACAGUUUGAGGCUCAAGGUAGAACUGCUCUACGUUUAUCACAUUUCCUUAGUAACUACUUACAGAACGUUGAAUAUGAGCAAUUUGGUAAUCUUAAAGGAGACAGAGGACUGAAUGAGACCCAUAUAUUUGGUGAAGUUUUGGCUACGGCUAUGGGUGAUUUCAAGGUCCUUGGUGCUGGUGCCUACUUUGACCAGUACAAGUUCCAAGUUUCCCCACCAGUUAUUACUACAGAUCCAAGAUACUCUAAUGCAAUCACCAGAGAAUUCUUUGGACCAUUCUCAUGGCGAAUACAGAACCCUGGUGAUGGUCUUGAUGCUUUUAGAGCCAUAGAUUCUGCAGGAAUCGCAGCUUAUAGAUACAUAGAUGAGCCUUGGUUUAGAAAAAUGAAGCAAAGAUGGGCGACGAAUUUCCACAGUCUGAAGAAGUUUAUUUACAAACAAAUGAUACGUUCCAGUCCUAAUUCAACAAGUUCCAUCCGAUUUGAACAUUAUCCAAUCACAUAUAGCGCACCCAGCUAUGAAGAUGGUGAAUGGUCUAGACCCGAGUUCAAGUGUGACGGUUAUAUUGAUGACUGGGUGUCAACCUACACAGUUCCUUUUUUUGGUUUAAACAGCGACAAGUCACAGAUAGAAUUUAAGGGAGUGGUAAGAAUUCACGUCAAGUUGAAAUAUCUUGACAUUAACCAAUGUCCAGCAGAUAUCUAUGUGGCCAAUGCCUUCAAAAAUACAGCAAAAUGUGAUUUCAGAUCACAAUAUUGUGUGCCUCUGCAAGGCAAAGGGUUUGAGCAAGGUGCUUACAAGUGUGUGUGUCGUCAAGGUUACGUUUAUCCAUUUACUGACCUCUCAUGGUUCUUUCACGGUCAGACAAUGGAAGAUGAGUAUUCAAAGAAAAGUCUUGGUGAGCCGAACAGAUAUGACACAUUGAGGUGCACAUCUUCUAGAAUAGCUGGAGCAGAUGCUGCUAUGGCAAAUGUUGUCCUCAUUGCUUUUACCACACUGUCAUUGUUGUUAUGGAAACACUGAAAACAUAACAACAUCUUAAAACAUUUCUGUAAAUAAUUGUUUAUAAAUUAGACAGAAGUAUAGACAAGUCUUCAUGUUUAUACCUGUAGACAUAUUACACUGUGAUUUCAUUUUCAUAUUGUGACCAAAUAAUUCAUGAAGAUUGUACCUUGUGCUUGUUAAUCAGGGGUAUCAUUUUUUUCAUUUUUUUUUUCAUUCUGCUAAGUAAAUUGAUGACAGAUUUUUAUCAUACGCAUUUAACAUUUACACUUCCUUGAUUGAAUACAUUAUGGAUUAUAAACUUUAUGUUUACAUAUAUCAAUUUAAAAGUGUUUUUAGUCCUGUCAUUAGAGUGCCAUUUAACAUAAUACAAAUGUAUUGUAAAUAUAUGGAUUCUACAACUCAGAAUUUUGAGUGUAUUUUAUGUAAUAUUACUGAAUUGCAAUUUUACUAUAUGAACAUAAGUUUCGAAACUCUAAUUUGUGGCUUAAGAUGUUCUGUUCUGUUCUAUUUAGAGUACAUCUUACUUUCAUUUUGUGACAUGAUUCUAUAUUGUAUAAAUAAGAAAUUAUUUAUUUGAAUGGUUCAUGAAUUUAUUUGUCAUGUGUGCUAUAUUGAUGGUAUUGUACAUAUCGAUCAGAGUUCAGUUAUAUAUUCAAGACCUAAGUUUUGUGUAGUUAAUUACAAAGCAUCUAAAAUUUACAACAGCACUGCUGUCAAGAUUGCAAAUUGUUUUGUAUUUCAUGUAACCAGGCACAUUGAUUAAUUGGUACAUAAUUUUAAGGCCAAGUGAACAGGUGUGUGAUUUAGUGUGUUAUUCUAAUUUUUUUAAUCACAUAUAGCUCAACAGACCAUUGUCUCUGUUUACUAGGUGAAAAUAAUACCAUUAUUUCAUAGAUCCUGCUCUUAGUCUGAUUUUGACUUUUGUUUUUAUGCCUUCCUUCCGUCCGUCCGUCCGAUUAUCUUGUCCGCGCUUUAUCUCCAAAAUUGCUGGGGGAAAUUCAGUGAAAUCAGUACCAUCCCUAGUUGGAUAUAUCGCUAACACGUUCCGCUCCGCUACACAGAAUGGCGCCAGAGAUAUUAAUAGAAAUAUCGUGUCUGCGCUCCUUCUCCCAAACUGCUAGGGGGAUUUCAGUGAAACUUCACCGGAGUGAUCAGUAUCAUCCUUAGUUGUGCUUAUUUCGGUCAAAUUUUACUCCGCUGCACAAAAUGGCCGGCAGAGCUAUUAAUAGAAAAAAAUUGACUGCCCUUCAUCUCUAAAACCGCUGGUUUUUUUUUUUUUUUUCAGAGUGAUCUGUAUCAUCCCUAGUUGUACAUAUCGCCGUCAAGUUCCGUCCCCGCUGCAAAAAAUAGCCGCUAGAGCUGUUAAAAAUAAAAUCUUGUCUGGCUUUCACAGGUUAAACUUAUGGUCCGAUUUCAAUGAAAUUCUCAGAAUAUUGCCGGCACGUUCCACUCCGCUGCACAAAAUGGUGACCAGAGCUAUAAAUAGUAAUUAACAUCUUGUUGU